GUGAAGAAGAAGAAGAAGAAGGGGAUGCCGUCCAAAAAUCUUAUGGCGGAGAGGCGGCGAAGGAAGAAGCUCAAUGAUAGGUUGUACAUGCUUAGGUCUGUUGUGCCAAAUAUUAGCAAGAUGGAUAGAGUUUCGAUACUUGGAGAUGCAAUUGACUACAUGAAGGAGUUACAGCAGCGGGUCAAUGAUCUUCAAAAUGAACUGGAGUCAACUCCAACUAGCUGUUCGCCAUCAUCUUCCACCAGCAUUCAACCUUUGACACCCACACUGCAAACCCUUCCUUGCCGGGUGAAGGAAGAACUGUGUCCGGUGCCAAUCCCAGGAAACCAAACAGCAAAGGUGGAAAUUAAGGUAAGGGACGGCAAAGCUGUCAACAUUCACAUGUUUUGUAGCCGGCGACCAGGUCUUCUGGUCUCUACAAUGCAGGCUUUGGAUAACCUCGGAUUAGAUGUUCAACAAGCUGUUAUUAGCUGCUUCAAUGGUUUUGCUUUAGACAUCUUCAAAGCUGAGCAAUGCAGAGAAGGGCAGGAUGUGCUUCCUGAGGAAAUCAAAGCAGUUCUGCUGGAUUCAGCAGGAUCCAAAUAAAUCUUUACAAAUUACAAUUACUGUCUGUAAGGCAUUACUGGGAAGAUCA